CCCACCAACGCCACUUCUCCUUCAUCACCGAAUCUCGUAUACCCAUUUUUGAUGUCUUUCUUUUCUUUUCAAUUGCUUUAAUUUCCUUUUGCAUAGUGCUCUUGAAAGGCUCAUUUUCUAUACGUAUAUUUUUAUCACCAAAUAAUUCCCUUCCGGCACUCCUCGCACCAGAGACUAUCCGCCGCCGCAUCACCCAUCCGUCCAUCCAUCAAGCUUCACCUCCCAUAGCCACACAACCAUGGCGUUUCCGUUUCAUAUCCAGGAGCAUAUCCUCGACGGAGCUCAUAUGCGCGAAUACGCCUGCGCGACGGCCAACUCGCAAGAAGACAUCCUCUCGCUGCACGUCAAGCAGUACACUCCCAUCGACAAUCCUCAUCCGCAAAAGGGCGACAUCACCGUCAUCGGCGCCCAUGCCAAUGGCUUCCCUAAGGAAAUGUAUGAGCCUCUCUGGUCUGACCUCUACCACCAACUCAAGCAAGGCGGCGUCCACAUCCGAUCCAUUUGCACCAUUGACGCAGCGUGGCAGGGACAGAGCGGCCUGCUUAACAGCGGCAAGCUCGGAAACGACCCCAGCUGGCUCGACUACUCAAGAGACAUCUACCAAGUCAUCGGCGCCCUCCGCCUCCCACAGCCUCUUGUGGCCGUAGGCCAUUCCUUUGGCGGCGCCGCCCUCGUCAACACAUCGCUUAUGAACCCGCGACUCUUCACAUCCAUUAUCCUGCUGGAUCCUGUCAUUGAGGUCAUCAAUGGACCCAGCGCUGGAACCCUCGUAAACAAGCGGAGUCCUGUCGCCAUGAGCGUGUUUCGUCGCGACACCUGGCCAUCAAGAGUGGAGGCCGAAAAGUCAUUUAGCAAGAACGCCUUUUACCAGUCCUGGGACCCCCGCGCUCUGCAGCUCUGGCUUGAAUAUGGUCUGACAGAUACACAAGACGGCAAGGUUGCAUUAACAACCUCCAAACACCAAGAAGUCCGCACCUUUGUUCGAUCCUCCAGCAAAGCAUUCAACGCCGACGGUUCCAAAAUCAUUGAUCCACGACGGAUUCCUGACGCAGACCCCAAUCACCCGCAGACUCAGAUCUCUUGGCCUGUGUAUAGACCGGAGAGCUCGACCACUUGGGACCAUCUGCCCCGCGUGCGGCCGACAGUUCUCUACAUAUUUGGUGGUCAAUCGAAUAUUGGCAACAGAGCAUCACGAAAUAAAAAGGUCUUCCAUACUGGCACAGGUAUAGGUGGUAGUGGCGGUGUUACCGUUGGCAAAGUAAAGCAGGUCGUCGGCGAGGAGUACGGCCACUUGAUCCCCAUGGAAAAUCCAAAGUUGUGUGCAGACGCAGCAGCAUCCUGGAUCGUGCAGCACCUCCCGUCGUGGCAAGCAGAAGAUACGGAAUUCCAAGAAUUCGCAAAGCAGCCGGCGCAGGUAAAGUCAUUCAUGGGCCAGGAUAUCUUUGACUUUUUCAGUAAGACAAGACAAAGCAAACUAUAGAUAGACCAGAUACACUGUACAUAUGCGCUUGGAAUCGUUUAUAAACCAGUAUAUAUUUGUCAAUUCCAAUUAAAGCACACAAUAUGGUAGCUAAGUUGUAAUCCCUUUUCUCUUCUGUCCAUUUGAACCCUUACAAUGCUUGUACCUUGCCAUUCUAACAGUUUCAUUCAAAUCAACUUUCUUUGAAGCAAUCCCGUUCCAAAUUCUUCCAUUUCCUCGGCUCUUACAUGUUUUGAGACUUUAAAUGUAAUACAUGGAAUCUCGUAGCGCUGGAUGAAUGUUUCGACCGCUAAUGGAUGCCGUAUCAAUAGAGCUUACAGUCUCAGUGUCACCACCGUCAAAAAACUCUGGUCGGUGGGCUCGGGCUCGGGUGCAUACAAUAUCCGCAUAGUAUGCAGGGGGACAAAUCGAUACCGCUUUGGUAGCUCUACCAUAGAGAUAGCAGAGGUCAUGAGUUAGGCGCUCCAGCUCAUUAGCUGCCUGUGCUCCAUAAGUCGGCCCAAAGAUCUCGUCCAGGAUCACCGUGUAGUGUGCAGGACGGGCCGUGCCUUGUAGGGCAUCGUGAGCAGUGAGGAAGAAAUCCCAGUAGCGGGCCUGGGUAAUGCCACGGUCUACCACAGUUCCGUUUUGAAUGUUGCCAGACCUGGACAUUUCGUCUUCCUUGGUCGGAUAGAAACGCGUCUGGUGCCGCUUCACUGAUACUAUAAUAGUGAGUUUGGGCUGCUUUCCGCCACCGUACUUCUUUCGACAAGCUUCACGAAGGAAUGGUAACUCCUCAGAGAUAACUUGGGCAAAUUGUCCUUCGGAUACACCAUCGCGGAAGAAGAUGAUGUUUUCUGGUAGAGCACCAUCGUUGUGCUUUUGCCACAGAUCCAAACGGCUGGCAAACAUGGAUACUAGAACGUCUCCAAGGAGUUCCUGCUUUGAUUCUUGUUCCCAGGAUACCGCUGGCCACUGUCCAAACCCAGAG